AUGGGUUCCACCGGUACCAAACCCAAGGUCCUCCUCCUUGGAUCCAUCGUCCACGCACACAAGACAUGGCAAUCGCUAUCCGAGAUCGCAGAACUGGUCACUCCCACCGCCACAAACCGCGCAGAGUUUCUACAGGAAUGCCGCUCCGGCAAGCUGGACGGCGUCGUCGCCGCAUACAGAACCUUCGACUCCGUCACCAUCACCGGCUUCAUCGAUGAGGAACUCGUCAACGCACUGCCCAGCUCAGUCACUUUCCUAGCGCACUGCGGCGCGGGAUACGACCAAGUCGACGUCCACGCCUGCAGCGCCCGCAAUCCCCCCCUGCGCGUCUCCAACGUCCCCACAGCUGUGGACGACGCCACAGCCGAUGUGAACAUGUUCCUGAUCAUCGGGGCCCUGCGCAACUUCAACGCGGGCAUGCAGGCCCUCCGCGAAGGGAAAUGGCGCGGCCAACCCCUCCCCGCACUCGGCCAUGACCCCGAGGGCAAGGUCCUCGGCAUUCUGGGCAUGGGGGGAAUCGGGCGCAACCUCAAGAAGAAGGCUGAGGCGUUCGGCAUGCGGGUCAUCUACCACAAUCGCCGACGGUUGAGCGAGGAGCUGGCCGCCGGAGCGGAGUAUGUGACGUUUGAUGAGCUGCUGGCGAAGAGCGACGUGAUCAGCCUGAACCUGCCCCUGAAUAAACACACCCGCCACAUCAUCAGCAAAGCCGAGUUCGAGAAGAUGAAGGAUGGCGUCGUCAUUGUCAACACGGCGCGAGGGGCAGUCAUGGACGAAGAGGCCCUCGUCCAGGCCCUCGAUAGCGGCAAGGUCUACUCUGCCGGCUUGGAUGUCUUCGAGGAGGAGCCCAAGGUGCACCCGGGCCUUAUCCGGAACCCCAAUGUUCUUCUUGUUCCGCACAUGGGCACAUGGACCGUCGAGACUCAAACGGCCAUGGAAGAGUGGGCUAUCGAAAAUGUGCGGCUUGCAAUUGAAACAGGGAAGCUGAAGAGUCCUGUUCCGGAGCAAGCCGACCUUUGA